AUGAAGACCAAGGGCGAUUUAGCAAACAGUAAGACAGUUCCCUUAGUUAGUCAAGCUCCUUUUGUUACUAAAAUAAGACCUUCUGAGGAGUACUUUGACGUAAUCUGUCUGUCCUGUCAUACACAAGAAACCUCCCAAUGGUACAAAGUGUCAUGGGAUCUCACGAGUGAGCAUAGGCUUUGCGCCUCAUGUUACGGUCAAUAUUGCAGAAGUGGUUCGAAUUGCAACAAAUGUCAUAGAGUUUAUUCUGAAGCCAUAGUAAGACAGAAGGGUAGACAGGAGUUGCUGGCCUCUGGAACAUAUGAAAGUGGUGAAACUGUUCAAGGUUAUCCCUGCGAUUACUGUGAUGGAAAUAUCAUUGAGCAGGAGAAAAAACGAGUUACUACACAAAGCAUCGCGGCCCCCGGUGUUUGCUACAUCUGCAAAACCCAGAGGUUAGACACUUGCUGGAGGGAAGUACCUUGGAAGACGGGUUUCCAAUGGUGCGGCACUUGCCGCAGCCGGUAUGGAGGCACUGCUACGGUCUGUGGAAACGAAGAUUGUCUCAAGAUUCCCGUUCAGGGAGAAUUGAAACUAAUGAAACUCAUUGAUCUGGAUGAGGGAUUGUAUGAGUGUUUGGCAUGUGGGGCAAUCGCCAAGAAAGAUAUCGCGAAAAAAUGUAGGACAGCGAAGAAACUUGAAAAACGACAAGGCAAGUGUUUUGCUUGUGGCCCGACAUAUUCACGUAGAUGGGCCGCCUUGCCUUGGGAUAAGAAAUUCCCAGCUCUAGUUUGUCACACAUGUUACUUGUUAUAUCGGGCAUAUAGUGGGAGAUGCCUGAAUAUGAACUGCCGGAAGAUUUUCAAGAAAUGCGAGAUAGCCAAGAUGCAGAAAGUUAGAAAGAUUCCAGGGCCCGAUGGGAAUUUAUGUUAUCCCUGCAUCAGCUGUAAAAGCAUGACCACUGUCAUUGAAUCUGUCUAA